GCAGCAGCGGCGGCGGCGGCGGCAGCAUGGCUCCGAAGAAGCGAGCGGCGUCGGGCGGCGGCGUGUGGCUGCAGGCGGGCGCUUGCCUGCUGGCCUGGGCGGCCUUUUGCCGGGUCCGGGCCAGCGCCUGUCCCGCCCCGUGCGCCUGCAGCGGCACGACGGUCGACUGUCACGGGCUGGGGCUCCGCGGCGUCCCCAAGAACAUCCCGAGGAGCGCAGAAAGGCUGGAGCUGAAUGGGAACAACAUUACCCGCAUCAACAAAAAUGACUUUUCUGGGCUGAAGCAGCUGCGAGUUCUGCAGCUGAUGGAAAACCAGAUCAGCCUGGUGGAGCGAGGGGUGUUUGACGACAUGAAAGAGCUGGAGCGAUUACGUCUGAAUCGGAACCAGCUGCACACUUUGCCAGAGCUCCUGUUCCAAAAUAACCAGGCACUGUCACGGCUGGACCUGAGUGAGAACCUCCUUCAGGCUGUGCCCAGGAAGGCAUUUCGUGGAGCUACUGACCUCAAGAACCUGCAACUGGAUAAGAACCACAUCAGCUGCAUUGAGGAAGGGGCUUUUCGUGCUCUUCGUGGCCUGGAAGUUUUGACAUUGAACAACAACAACAUCAGCACCAUCCCCAUCUCCAGCUUCAACCAUAUGCCCAAACUGCGCACCUUCCGCUUGCACUCCAAUCACCUAUUCUGCGAUUGCCAUUUGGGCUGGCUUUCCCAGUGGCUGCGCCAACGCCCCACCAUUGGGCUCUUCACGCAGUGUGCCGGUCCUGCUGCCCUUCGUGGCCUCAACGUUGCAGAGAUCCAGAAGAACGAAUUCAGCUGUGCAGGCCAGGAUGAUGCUGCCAGGGCCCAAAUCUGCAGUUUUUCAUCAGGUUCCUGCCCUGCCAUGUGCACCUGCAGCAAUGGCAUUGUGGAUUGUCGUGGCAAGGGGCUGACAGCCAUCCCUGCCAACUUGCCUGAGACCAUGACUGAGAUACGUUUGGAACUGAAUGGCAUAAAGUCUAUCCCCCCUGGAGCCUUUUCAUCAUACAAGAAGCUACGUCGGAUAGACCUGAGCAACAACCAGAUCUCGGAGAUUGCCCCUGAUGCCUUUCAAGGUCUGCGCUCACUCAACUCCCUAGUCUUGUAUGGGAACAAGAUCACAGAGCUACCCAAAGGGGUAUUCGGGGGCCUGUAUGCGCUGCAACUACUGCUCCUGAACGCCAACAAGAUUAACUGCAUCCGGGCAGAUGCCUUUGCUGAUCUGCAAAACCUGUCGCUGCUCUCGCUCUACGACAACAAGAUCCAGACCCUGGCCAAGGGCACCUUUGCCACCUUGCGUGCCAUCCAGACCCUCCAUCUGGCCCAGAACCCCUUUAUCUGUGACUGCAACCUGAAGUGGCUGGCAGACUUCUUGCGUGCCAAUCCUAUCGAGACAAGCGGUGCUCGCUGUGCCAGUCCCCGCCGCCUGGCCAACAAGCGCAUUGGACAGAUCAAGAGCAAGAAAUUCCGCUGCUCCCCCAAGGAGCAGUAUUUCAUUCCAGGUACAGAGGAUUACCAGUUGAAUAGUGAAUGCCACAGUGACAUAAUCUGCCCACCCAAGUGCCGCUGCGAAGCCAAUGUGGUGGAGUGUUCCAACCUGAAACUGACGAAGAUCCCAGAGCGCCUCCCUCAGGCCACAGCUGAACUGCGCCUGAACAAUAAUGAGAUCACAGUGCUGGAGGCCACAGGCAUCUUCAAGAAGCUCCCACAUUUAAAAAAAAUAAACCUGAGCAACAACAAGGUGUCAGAGAUUGAGGAUGGGGCCUUUGAGGGGGCAUCUUCAGUCAGCGAGUUACACUUAACAGCUAACCAGCUGGAAUCGGUGCGCAGUGCCAUGUUCAGGGGCCUUGAUGGGCUUCGGACACUGAUGCUGAGGAACAACCGCAUCAACUGCAUCCACAAUGACAGUUUCACAGGGCUGCGCAACGUGCGCCUUCUCUCACUCUAUGACAAUCAGAUCAGCACUAUUUCACCCGGCGCUUUUGACACGUUGCAGUCACUGUCCACUCUGAACCUACUGGCUAAUCCCUUCAACUGCAAUUGCCGUCUGGCCUGGCUGGGCGACUGGCUUCGCAAGAGGAAGAUUGUGACCGGGAACCCACGCUGCCAUAAUCCAGACUUCCUGCGCCAAAUCCCACUGCAGGAUGUUGCCUUCCCCGACUUCAGGUGUGAGGAAGGUCAGGAAGAGACAAGCUGCCUCCCACGCCCCCAGUGCCCCCAGGAGUGCACUUGUCUAGACACUGUUGUCCGCUGCAGCAACAAGCACCUGAAAUCCCUGCCCAAAGGGAUACCCAAGAAUGUCACAGAGCUCUACUUGGAUGGCAACCAAUUCACCCUGGUUCCUGGACAGCUCUCCACUUUCCGUUACCUGCAACUGGUGGAUCUGAGCAACAACAAGAUCAGCUCUCUCAGCAACUCAUCCUUCACCAAUAUGAGCCAGCUCACAACCUUGAUCCUCAGCUACAACGCACUGCAGUGUAUCCCCCCACUGGCCUUUGAGGGUCUCCGUUCGCUACGGCUGCUGUCCCUCCAUGGAAAUGAUAUCUCUACACUUCCAGAGGGCAUCUUUGCGGAUGUCACCUCCCUAUCUCACCUAGCCAUCGGUGCCAACCCCCUUUACUGUGAUUGCCACAUGCGCUGGCUUUCAGGCUGGGUUAAAACUGGCUACAAAGAGCCUGGCAUUGCCCGUUGUGCUGGCCCUGCUGAUAUGGAGGGCAAACUGUUGCUCACUACUCCAGCCAAGAAGUUUGAGUGCCAAGGGCCUCCCCCGCUGAUCAUCCAGGCCAAGUGUAACCCCUGCCUCUCCAGUCCCUGUCAAAACAAGGGGACUUGUCACCAUGAUCCUCUGGAUUCCUACCACUGUGUCUGUUCCAGUGGCUACAAGGGCAGAAACUGUGAACUCUCUCUCGAUGGUUGUUCCAGCAGACCCUGUGAGAAUGGUGGGACCUGCCUGUCUCAUGAAGGGGAUGGAGCCAGUUUCAUGUGUUCCUGUGUAGAUGGAUUUGAAGGUCCAACCUGCAGCCUAAAGACCAACAACUGCAACACCAACAACAGCUGCAGGAACGGUGCCACAUGCAUUAAUGGCUCCACCAAUUACACAUGCUUAUGCCUUCCCUCCUACACAGGGACUUACUGUGAGGAGUUGCUAGAUGUCUGUUCUCUGGAGCUCAGCCCCUGCCAGCAUGAGGCCAUAUGCAGGGUCUCCCCUGAUGGACCCAAGUGUGAAUGCAUGCCUGGCUAUGUGGGGGAUAACUGCAGUGUGGACUAUGAUGAUUGCCUGGACCACCGAUGCCAGAACAAUGCCAAGUGCUUUGAUGAGCCCAACGGGUACUCCUGUCUUUGCACUGGAGGCUACAGUGGCCAGCUCUGUGAGAUCCCACCCCGUGGCUCCCUCCAACCCAGCCCCUGUGAGAGGGCAGAGUGCCAGAAUGGUGCCAACUGCGUGGAGCUAGGCAGUCGCGCCUUAUGCCAGUGCCUUCCUGGCUUUGGAGGACCCAAAUGCGAGAAGCUGCUGAGUGUCAAUUUUGUGGAUAGGGACACAUACCUCCAGUUCACUGACCUGCAAAACUGGCCUAGUGCUAACAUCACCCUGCAGGUCUCCACUGCUGAAGACAAUGGGAUCCUCUUGUAUAACGGGGACACUGACCACAUGGCUGUGGAGCUGUACCAAGGCCAUGUGCGUGUCAGCUAUGAUCCUGGUACCUACCCCAGCUCUGCUAUAUACAGUGCAGAGACCAUUAAUGAUGGGCAGUUCCAUACAGUGGAACUGGUGACAUUUGAGCGGAUGGUAAAUCUCUCCAUUGACGGAGGCGAUCCCAUGACCAUGGACGGCUUUGGCAAGGCCCACACCCUGAACUCUGAGGCUCCACUCUAUGUGGGCGGGAUGCCCGUGGAUGUCAACUCUGCUGCCUUCCGCCUCUGGCAGAUCCUGAAUGGCUCCAGCUUCCAUGGCUGCAUCCGUAACCUGUACAUCAACAAUGAGCUGCAGGAUUUUACUAAGACCCAAAUGAAGCCAGGAGUGGUGCCCGGCUGCGAGCCUUGCCGGAAGCUCUACUGUCUGCAUGGCAUUUGUCAACCCAACACUGCUCAUGGUCCCAUUUGCCACUGUGAUCCAGGCUGGGUUGGGCCCCAUUGCGACCAGCCCAUUAGUAACCCCUGCCAGGGGCACAAAUGUGUGCAUGGAAUCUGCGUGCCCCUGGAUGUGCUGUCCUAUAGCUGCCAGUGCCAGGAUGGUUACAAGGGGGCCUUGUGCAACCAGCAAGGGGAGCUCCACAACCCAUGCAAGAGCUUGCAGUGCGUUCAUGGUCAGUGCCAGAUAGCGGACACAGGCGAAGCCUACUGUGAAUGCAACGGGGGAUUCGAUGGGGAGCUCUGCGAUCAAGAGUCAGAGUGCCGGGGUGAGGCUAUGCGUGAUUUCCACCAGGUCCAGCGAGGCUACGCCAUCUGCCAGACAACACGCCCCGUCUCCUGGGUGGAGUGCCGGGGAUCAUGCCCAGUACCAGGCUGUUGUGCAGGACUGCGUCUCAAGCGCAGGAAAUACACCUUUGAGUGCAGUGAUGGCUCUUCCUUUGUGGAGGAGGUUGAAAAACCCAGCAAAUGCGGCUGUUCCCAGUGCAUGUAGCCUCCCACAAGAGACAGGCCAGAGCCAAAGGGCAGCAAGGCAGGCCUGCCCUAUCAGAGGCCUUGGGAACAAACUUGCCAUCUCCUCUUGCCCCUGUUGCUGCUUGGGAGAGGGGUGGGGUAGGAUACUCAGUUCGGCAACUGAGCAGCUCCUUUGGCAUGGGGACAGUGGAUCUUCUGGAUGGACCAGACAACGGUGUAGAUAGAAGACUUUUUCUGGCAAAUCCAGCUGAACAGAUGUAUUUAUAUAUCUAGCACAGACUCUAUCUGGGGCCACAGCUUGUGCACAGUAUGGAUUUUUGUCAAGUCUGGCCAUGCCUGUUUGUUUUGCCCAGUGUGAUGUCCUGAGGGCCAUGCCCACAGCUCAUGCCUAGCCUCAGGAUCAGACCAUUUCAUAUCUUGUCAUUCUGCCUGGUGUUAGAGCCUGCCAAUCUGCACCAUACCCGCUUUCUUCUGUUGGGUGGUCCUGCUUUUUCUCUUCCUGAGUAACCACUCUUGUUCCUGAUCUUAUAGCCCUGCUUAUUGCAACCUCAUCUUCUGUUUGUGGGGCUUAAUUGCAAAUAAUGCAAAGACAGCAGCCAGGGGAGAAGGCAGGAUGGAUGUGUGUUAUAGGACUAGAGAAGAGAAGACAAAAUAAUUUAGGAGACUGGGAAGGGAUUGUAUAAAGAGCUGCCUCCUACAACCUGUUGGUCACAAGUUAGUGAGGUAUAAAAUAGCUUAAUCUUGGAGCUGCAAUGUGGUCAUAAGUGCAGAUCUGCCUUCACCUAUUCAUAUAAAGAAGCUAAGCAUCCUCCAGGUUGGCUGAGCCACUGGUAUUACUGGGAAUAUAACGAUUGGCCUUAGGUUGUAAUCCUAUGCUCAUUCAGAUGAGAGUAAGCCCUGUUGAACACAGUGGGACUUAGC